AUGUUCGCAGCCGCUAAGCACCUCUACAACAAGUCACGGACACGGUCCAAGUCUGGCGGAGAGAAAAAGCCUCUCUGCCAACACCGCUUACGACCGAGCCAGUCUGCCCCUGCAGCAGACGAUGGCUUGUCUACAGAGCGAACCUCCAUAAAGACAGAGGACCGGCACAUACUCCCUCAGUCCGCCCCAGAAGAUGACGGCCCAUGCCACCUCUGCCAACAGCAGCGACGCCACGACCGCAUCUACAGAUGGAAACUCAUCUGUGGCCUGACGCUCCCAUAUAUCCUGAGCACGCUAGAUCUCACGAUCGUUGCCACGGCAGUCCCAUCCAUUGCAUCGCAUUUCAACAAAUUCGACGAACUCAACUGGAUCGUCACCGCGUUCACUCUAACCUCGACAACAUUCAUCCCUAUCUUCGGACAGCUUGCCGACGUAUUCGGUCGGCAUGCGGUGCUCCAGCUCGCCAUGUUCCUGAUGCUGGUGGGGAGUACGCUGUGCGCGGCGGCGCAGAGCUGGGGGAUGCUUUUGCUGGGGAGGGCGCUGCAGGGGACGAGCUCAGCCGGGAUUAUGAAUAUCAUUAUGAUCGUCCUGGCGGAUCGGGUUUCGCUGAGAGAAAAUGCAAGGAACAAUUCGAUUUUUGUGUUUGUGGGAGGGUUAGGGUACGGGGUUGGGCCGGUUGUUGGGGGGUAUUUGACUGAUAGUAAUUGGAGGUACUGCUUUCUGGUGCCCAUACCGAUUGCUUUCAUAUCGCAUAUCGUGAUCUUCGUCCUCCUACGCAAUGAGCUCGUCGAAGGAACCGUCUUCAAAAAGGGCUCGCGGACGUCUGCCGUGCUUCCAGCCCUGGCAACGCUGGACAUCGUCGGGGCUGUCCUGUUCAUCUUCGGCGUCGGCCUCAUCAUCCUGGGCACGGCCUGGGGAGGGCCGACAUAUCCCUGGUCUUCCCCCGAGGUUCUAGCGCCACUGAUUGUGGGCGGCGUGUGCUUUGUGCUGUUUUUCGUGUACGAGUACUUCCUCGAGCCAGGCAGAUUGUUUGCUCGGAUUUUCCCAAAGCAGGUGCCCAUGCUGCCGUACAGCAUGUUCGCCAGACGCGAUACGAUUUGGCUUGCGGUUUUGGAGUUCUCCAGCGGAGCAGCUAUGUACUCCGUCUUCUAUUUCAUCGGUAUAUAUUUUACCCUAGUCGAAGCCUAUCCUGCUUCGAAAGCGGGUAUCAACCUGCUCUACUACAUUCCAGGAUUAGGAGAAAAAGCCGGCGUCUACAUCGCCGUCUACCUCUGCAACGUCUACCCAGCCCAGACCUUCUUCACCAUCAACACGGGCACCAUCGCCGAAACCACCGGCUUCGCCCUCCUCAUCUGGGCCAUCAGCACGCAAAACACCAGCCUCAUAAACGGGAUGAUGGUCCUCGCGGGCGCAGGCACGGGGCUGCGUCUCAUGCCCAUAAACCUGCACACGGCAGGCGUGUGGCCCGAGAAGAUCGCCCCGGCGAUGUCGCUGAUGCGAUUUGCGCUGCCGUUUGGCGGGACGCUGGGGUUGACGAUUAUGGGGAGUGUUUUCAACAAUCGGUUUUCGAGCAAGAGCAGCGGGAGCGGGGAUCUGGCCGGGCUGAACGUGCACGACGGGUCUUCGUUGGAGUACAUUGCUGGUCUGCCUGGUCCGGAGCAGGAGGCUAUCCGAUCUGCGGGCAAGGAGGCGAUCAUGUGGGCGUUUAUUGCUAUCAUGCCCGUCAUCGGGUUGGGUCUUGCGACGGGAUUGGUGAUGGGUAAUGUAUGGAUCAAGCCGGAGCGUUCGCGUCAGCGUCAGACGCAGGCUGGAACCGGGAGCGAAAGAGCAGACGAGGGCGGCCAUAGCGAGGUCAUAUACGUUCCGUACCUGUGGGCGUUGCUAACGGGCAACAUAACCACAUACGAACACACCAACAAGCCCAAGCCAAGGCACGAAGAGGAAACGGAACUCCAUCCCCUCCCGCAGAGCCAAGCAUAG